UCAAUUCACGUUUUCCUUUUCCUCGUUUUAACAUGUUGCUGGGUCCAAGUUGUCAGCCUCUCCACACUGCCUACCCUCCAUGACACUGCCCACUUCGAUGGGCGGCGGCCGCUGAACUCCCCGCGGAAUCAAAAGCCCCUUCCCUUUCUUGUUUCCUUCCCCCUCUCACCCCCUCUUCUUCCAUUCAUGACGAAGAUGCCUAAACCGCUCAGCCAUAGUGGAAGAGCAAUGGGCUGCUCCUCUUCCCCUCACAACCCAUCAUCAAGUUCUCACCUUUCCUUCUUCCUCCUCCUCUUCAUGUCUCUGUCCCUGUUCUGCCCCUGUAACGGGCAGAACUCGUUGUCACAGGGCCAAGUUCUUCGAGACGGCGAAACUCUCGUGUCCUCCAUGGGGACUUUCGAACUGGGGUUCUUCAGCCCCGGGAAUUCGACGCUUCGAUUUGUCGGUAUAUGGUAUCGCGACAUUUCGGUGGAAUCGGUUGUGUGGGUUGCGAACAGAGAGAAUCCUCUGUCGGACAAAAAUGGGGUCUUGACGAUUGGGAGCAAUGGCAGUUUGGUUAUCUUGGACGGCAGCAACAGUUCUGUCUGGUCUAGCUCCAAUUCUUCUUCUUCAUCUUCCCAGUUCACCAACUCAACUGCAAUCCUAAUGGACACCGGGAAUCUAAUCCUGUACCCGACCGAGGACACCAACGACUCCAGCGGCUCUCUCUGGCAGAGCCUCCAGCACCCCACGGACACGUACCUCCCUUCCAUGAGGGUGAGGGUGAACUCGGCAAUGGGCGAGAAUCGGGCCUUCACUUCGUGGAAGUCGGAUAGCGAUCCGUCCCGGGGGAACUACUCAAUGGGGGUGGACCCGCGUGGAACUCCCCAGAUUGUGAUCUGGGAGGGGUCGAUUCGGCGGUGGAGAAGUGGGCAUUGGAAUGGGUUGAUUUUUCUCGGGGUCCCAAACAUGACUGCAAAUUAUCUGUACGGGUUUCGGCUCUCGAGCGUGGAGUCCGAUGGGAGCACCUACUUUACCUAUACUCCGUUGAACACUUCGGACUUAUUGAGGUUCCGGAUCAGCUGGGAGGGACGGGAGGAAAUGCUCAGGUGGGACGCGACUGGGAACGAGUGGACGAUUCUGCAAUCGGAGCCUGUGAAUGAGUGUGAGAAGUACAACUGGUGCGGGGAUUUCGGGAUUUGCAACAUUAAGAAGUCCCCAAAUAUAUGUAGCUGUAUGGAUGGCUUUACUCCGAAGUAUGCGGAGGAAUGGAAGAAGGGGAAUUGGACAGGUGGGUGUGUGAGGAAAACAGAAUUAGGGUGUGGGAAGAACACUAGUAGUUCACUAGAGGAAGGCGGAGGAGAUGGGUUCUUGGAAAUAGAAGGUGUGAAGUUGCCCGACUUUGCGGAUAUAGGUUCGGCCAAGAACGCCAAUGACUGUGAAGCAAAUUGUCUGAACAAUUGCUCCUGCUAUGCUUUUUCUUAUUUGAGUACUGUCGGAUGUUUUGUUUGGAGUGGUGAUUUGAUCGAUGUUCAGCAUUUCGAAUCUGGUGGAAGGACCCUUUUUGUUCGCGUUGCGGGUUCUGAACUAGCAAGCAGAAAAAUCUCGACCAUAUUGAUCAUUGUUCUUGUUGUGAUUGGAAGUUUCCUUUUCUGUGUCUCUCUGUGGCUUCUCUGGAGGUUUAAAGAGGAUGUCAAAGCAUGCUCAAUCUUGUGUUGUGGAAGCAGGAAGAAUGAAUUACCAUUGUUUGAUAUCAGCAACAGCAUCACCGAACCCUCUUCAGAAUUAUCAGGACAAUAUGAUCUUGAGGCGAAGCAAGUGAAUGGUCCCGAUUUACCAUUGUUCAACUUCAAUGCUGUAGCUACUGCUACGAACAACUUCUCGGAACAGAAUAAGUUGGGACAAGGAGGAUUCGGUCCUGUAUACAAGGGGAAGCUACCUGGUGGACAAGAAAUUGCUGUUAAGAGGCUUUCGCGGAAGUCAGGGCAAGGCCUCGAGGAAUUUAAGAAUGAGCUUGUAUUGAUUGCUAAGUUGCAGCAUAGAAAUCUCGUGAGGCUGUUGGGUUACUGCAUCAAAGGGGAAGAGAAGAUGCUAAUUUACGAAUACAUGCCUAACAGGAGCUUGGAUAAAUUUCUUUUCACAGAUCAAUCCAAGCAAAACCAACUAGACUGGAGGAAAAGGUUCCAAAUCAUCGAGGGGGUCGCAAGAGGGCUCCUCUAUCUUCACCGUGAUUCAAGGUUGCGAAUAAUCCACCGGGACUUGAAGGCAAGCAACAUUUUGCUGGAUGAAGAGAUGAAUCCCAAGAUUUCUGACUUCGGCAUGGCGAGAAUAUUUGGUGGAAAUCAAGAUGAAGCCAACACCACUCGGGUUGUUGGCACAUAUGGUUACAUGUCUCCUGAGUACGCAAUGGAAGGCUUGUUUUCUAUAAAGUCUGACGUCUACAGCUUUGGAGUUCUCCUCCUAGAGAUCGUGAGCGGAAGGAGAAACAUCGGGUUUCGGUCACCUGAGCAGUCUAACCUCAUAGGACAAGCAUGGCAGUUAUGGAAUGAAGGGAAGGUAAUGGAACUCGUCGACCCUUCAAUUGCAAGUUCAUGUCUGAGAGACGAGGUUAAGAGAUGCAUCCAUGUGGGAAUGUUGUGCGUGCAAGACUCAGCAGCUCAAAGGCCAACCAUGUCCUCAGUUAUUCUGUUACUAGAGAGUGAAGCUGCAAGUCUUCCAUUACCAAGGCAGCCCACAUUCACCUCAAAGAGGAGUGACAUAGACUCGGAUCACUAUUUCGACGAGAACGAUGUCAAUGUAUCUUUGAACAAUGCAUCAAUCACAAGGGUAGUUGGUAGAUAAGACAAGAAAUUGUUUCCAGGUUUCUUCUUCGGGUGAAUAUGUGAUUGAUAGUAUAGAUAUUGUAAUAUUCAAGCUUGUGAAUGUAUAUUAAUUUUUCUUAAUUAGUUAUACAGAGACACAUGAACCAUUUCUCAUUUUUAUCCUGAA